AUGAAAACCUUACACCUGUUGCUUGGACUCAUGCAUUGCGACGCUCCGCUUAAUCACCGCGUAAAAGGCCUCACUAUACUCAAAAGAAUGCUUAGUAAUGUUGUCAACUACCCCACGGAGUGCAAGUACAGGAGUAUCAAUAUCGCAUCUUCGACGUGGAUAAAUUCUAUUACUCCAGCAUUUCAUGUAUUUCAGUUGAUUGAAUGGCUUUUGGGAUUGGGAUUUGAGCAGUCCGUCGGCGACUCUUUCCUCAUUUUUAAAGGAUCUUCCCUUGAUUGUAUGGCUAACGCAUGCCGUGAUGUUUCACUAUUGCUUUAUGCUUGUGAGGUUGAUGCACCAAGCAACACUAGUGGGAGUAAACGGUGUGUGGAUGAUUUAGUGCCACUUCUUCGGGUUGUGUCCGGUCACAAUGAUCAGUGCGGAUCAAAUACCGUUGACACGUCCCAAGCGAUUUAUACUGCUCUUCAACCAAGCGUCUCUGACGAAACAUGGAAAGUGUUGAAGAACCGCUUACGUUUGAUCGUCUUGGAGUGCGAGUGUGAGCGCCAGAAUCAACCUCGUCUCAAAGAAAAACUUUGUCCACCAACCCUGGCAGCGCGUAACUUGGAGGCAUGGACCUCAUUGUGCGAGUUAGUGCGCUUCAUCAACCUUCGGCAUCUGGAAGAAGGUUUAGCUGCGGUGAACAUGGAGAGGUUUGAGAGCCGUGGGGUGCGUAAGGUGGAUACCCGAGGCGGAGAAAAGGGUAAUAUAAACAAUCUAAGUAAUCUUGUUGCGGCAAGGCAAAAAGACAAGUUGAGUCUCCAGAACAGCGGACGUGCAAGUAUUGACCAGGAAGUGCAAGCCGUAGGCACUCGGUUAAUAGUAGACAUAGCUUCCUGUAUAGAGCAAAUAUCUGUCCUUGAGGGAGAUCAGGGGUUAGUGCGGAAGGAUCGGCUUGAAGCCAAGAGACUCCUCGAAAAAUUCGGUGAAGAUGGCGAUGUGAGGUAUUUACACUUGCUGAGGGAAGAGUGGUCGCAACGGCUUGAAGAAAAGAAAAAAAUUCAAGGGAAUAGCUUUGUUUAUUUUAAGUGA